AUGUCCGACAGCGAUAGUGAAGUUGAGGAAACUGAGCAGGAAAUGAAAUACCGGUUUAAGAUAGUAAAAUUUAUUAAAAGAGGAAGAAAGGGAUCGAAGAAGGAAAUAGAUAUUGUCCCUGCAGAAUGGAUACAUUGGGACAAUAAAACGAAAAGAUUAAAAGUACCAUUUCUACCUACUCCAUAUACUAAUGAAGACAUUAAGGAACUUCAUAAAAUCGUUAAAUCAGAAUGUGAAGCACCAGAGUCAUGGCCUUUAUAUAACGUCGACAUUAUUGGCGAAUCAAGGACAUAUACAGACGCAGUCAGUCGACUCUUACUUCUCGAGAAGACAGAUACGGCUUUCUCUCAGGAUUCGGAAGAUGAUACAGAAAAAAUUAAGAGAGCGGAGAUUGCAUACAGACAGAAAACAUUUAAAAAAACUUAUGAAUGUGCCAGAAAAUCCUUAAAUAAACCAAAGGAGAAUUUAAUUGAACAGACUGCCGACAAAGAAAACUCUUCUAUGACAGAUUUGGAUAGUAAGAUCUUUUUAGCGUUUUCAUAA